UUGUUGUGAGGAGCAUAGGCAUAUGCAUCUCCCUCCUUUAUGGCAACCAAAAAUUCAGUUAAAAUACUUGAGGUUUGCGGGGUGUCUCCCCCACAGAAGACCCCUGUCUCGGCCAUUCCAACCACUCGUCCUCUUACCUUCUUUGAUCUACUCUGGCUAAGAUUUGCUCCGGUUCAGCGUGUUUUCUUCUACGAAACCUCUCAUACUGACUCACCUUUCCUGGAUACCAUUCUUCCAAAACUAAAAGAUUCGCUCUCCCUCACCCUCCAACAAUAUCUUCCACUUGCCGGUACCCUCAAAUGGCCGAAAGAUUCGCACAAACCGAUCAUCAAUUACACCGAGGGAGAUGCAAUUUCACUCUCUGUAGCUGAGUCUAACGCCAACUUCUACCAUCUCUCUGGCGACAACUUUGUCGAAGCUGUCGAAUACCAUCCUCUCGUACCCCACUUGGCAACUUCCACCGAAGCUUGCUCGGUGUUAGCUUUACAAGUCACGACGUUCUCAAACUGCGGGUUUUGUAUUGGAAUCACCGCACACCAUGCUGUUCUUGACGGGAGAAGUUCGACCAUGUUUAUGAAGUCAUGGGCUCGCAUAUGCAAACUUGGAGGUAGAGAUGCUCUGUACUUGGUGCCGGAGCUAACACCGUGCUAUGACAGGAUGGUCAUCAAGGAUCCGGUUGGGCUGGAAGCAAUCUACCUGAACCAGUGGAUGAACGAGAAUGGUCCAAACAACAAGAGCUUAAUGGUAUGGGAACCAAAAACUCCACCAGAUACGGUUCGAGGCACCUUCAAGUUGACUCGUGCCAACCUGGAAAAGCUCAGGCAAUUGAUCAUGACAAGCAUGCUGGAGGAGAAGAAUAAACAAAAGCAACCAUUGCACUUGUCGACGUAUACACUAACUUGUGCCUACACGUUUGUUUGUCUUGCGAAGGCAGAACAACCAAGGGACACCAAAUACUUUACUUGCUUUAGUGUGGACGCCAGGCAUCGAUUAGAGGAUCCUAUCCCUGGGACUUAUUUUGGAAACUGCGUAGCAGGUCGUAUAGCCACUUUAGAGGGAAACGAGCUUGCGGGAGAAGAGGGGAUGGCGGUUGCGGUAAAGGCUAUCAGCGAAGCAAUCAGAAGUUUAGGUGAUGGCGUCCUAAGUGGGGCCGAAAAAUGGAUUGAAAUAGUGUUCGCUACAAAGAAUGCAAGAUUAAUUGGCGUUGCGGGCGCACCUCGAUUUGAGCUUUACAGUACUGAUUUUGGGUGGGGAAAGCCAAUGAAGGUGGACAUGAUAUCCAUAGAUAAAACGGGGGCUAUAUCUCUUUCUGAAACUAGAGAUGGUGCUGGAGAAGUCGAAGUAGGUUUGGUUUUGAAGAAACCUGAAAUGGAAGUGUUUGCUUCACUUUUUGCCAAAGGUCUUGAAGGUCUGUAAAGCCACGUGAUAUAUAGCAAAUUGCAACUCCGGCCAUUAACAUCUAUCAUCAUGUUCAGAUGGAAGCUAUGUGCCAAUUAAGAAUCAGGUAAUUUCUUCUGUACCUUUUUUUAUGGAUAUCUCAUGAUCUAUUUAGUUGGAUUGUACGUCAAACUUGUGAGAUCUUUGGUUAAUUUCUUCUAUUGUUAGCUUUCUUCAUUUCUGAUUA